GGCAGUCGUCACUACUCAUGCUUGCGUGUGAAAUUGUCAAUGCUGAAGUCGUGAGUUAGCAUUAGCAGGUAAUUACUGUAGUUACAAGGAUAUCUAGAGAAGAAUAGGAACGAAACGAAGAUUAUUAUCUACAAUUAUUGUAUAGCGGACACCUAGGAGAGCUUACAGAAUACGUAUUCGCUAUUAUUAUUAUUAUUUACUUAAUUUUUUUAUUGACAAUUUAAGAAUGAUCUCAAGUCUGAGUUUAAUUUGAAUGUAGUGUUGAUGUUGAUAAAAAAAAAAAAACGCAGUAUGAAUAUAUAAAAAAUAUAUUUCGUACAGAUUAAUUUGAAACGUUACUUCUGUGUUUAAAUCUGAUAGGUAUUUCAGCCUACAUUAUUAAGAAAAUUCAGGAGUACAGCACCGGUAAAUUAAUUUUAAUCCUUUUUCUACAAAAUAUGCAAUCUUCUGGUGCUGCUGGACAAUUGACGUUGAGCACCAGUGACGGGAUACUUGUUAAUUCAGUUAGAAAUGCUUGCAAAAACACGUUAAAUAUAGGACUGAAUGCAGAGGACACAGAUGCCAUUGAGUCUCUGGUGGGUGAUUCUCGGCGAUGUGAAGCAGUUGAUCCAGGUCAUUUGAAGGCCUCCAGUCCGCGGGCUGGCAAUGCUGACGGUUCCUGUGUGGAAGAUGACUCAGAAGACGAGUCGCACAGGGAUGGCCGAACCGAGGAGGUGGACAGGGAUACGAAACUUAGGGCAUACGCCUGGUGUAAAGGAUUCCUGUCUGGAUCAUGGAAGCUCAUUUCUGAAGAUGAAUUUCAAAUUGGUAUUAUCAGUGGUGGAUUAAGUAACCUGCUGUACCUGUGCGCUCUACCGGACCAUGUGCUCAGUAUUGAAGAGGAGCCUCGCAAGGUUUUGCUGAGAGUUUAUGGAGCUAUUUUACAGGGGGUCGAUUCCCUUGUUCAGGAGAGUGUGAUGUUUGCAAUCCUAGCAGAACGGGCGCUGGGACCACGACUCUAUGGGAUCUUCCCUGAGGGGCGGCUGGAGCAGUACAUUCCCAGCAAUCGGUUAUUGACAGAGCAGCUACGAGUUCCUGAUCUCUCUGCGGAGAUUGCUGUGAAGAUGUCCCGAUUCCAUGGGAUGGUCAUGCCUUUCAACAAGGAGCCCAAGUGGCUGUUUGGGACCAUAGAGAGGUAUAUGAAACAGAUUUUGACAUUGAAAUUUACCAAAGAAGCCCAUUUGAAAAAGUUCAACAAACUGAUGAAGUACAACCUGCCUGCAGAGAUGGAGAGCCUGAGAGCUCUUCUUGAAUCAACUUCUUCUCCAGUGGUUUUCUGUCAUAAUGAUGUGCAAGAAGGUAACAUACUUAUGCUGGCUGAUCGAGAGCCCUCUUCCAAAGAAAAACUUAUGCUCAUAGACUUUGAAUACAGCAGCUAUAAUUACAGGGGUUUUGAUAUUGGCAACCAUUUCUGUGAGUGGAUUUACGACUAUACCUACAACCAGUGGCCCUUUUUCAAAGCUACUCUGGAGAACUACCCAAGCAGAGAGCAACAGUUGCAUUUCCUUCGCCAUUAUUUGUCUGAAUUUUCUGGGAUUAAGGGAGAUGUAGAACAUGACGAUCGAGCAAAGAUUGAAGAAGAAAUGAUUAUUGAAACUAACAGAUUUGCAUUGGCAUCCCACUUCUUGUGGGGUUUAUGGUCCAUUAUACAAGCUAAAUUGUCAACAAUAGAGUUUGGAUACAUGGAUUAUGCGCACUCUCGAUUCGACGCCUACUUCAAACAAAAAAAACUGUUUGCAUAGCAGUUGUAUUUAUUUCAAGGGGACCCUUCAAAAAAGAUGAGAAUCUGAGUUUCAAUUUCUAAAGGAAUCCCCUGUUCCACUGGAUUUAUUUUCCAGUUAUGUGAAUGUAUAAUCUUCAGAGUCAGGCUUCUUUUUAAAAAUAAUUUAGUGGUCAC